CCCAAGCCAGCCCUGGAGAGGCAGGACAGCAUGAGCUCCUCCAAGAGGGGCAGCGUUGUGGGGAGGAACCUCAACCGCUUCUCCUGCUUCGUCCGCUCGGGGGUGGAAGCCUUCAUCCUGGGCGACGUGCCCCUGAUGUCCAAGAUCGCCGAGGUGUACUGCAUCGAGAUGGGCUCCAAAGGUCCCCAGUGGAGGGCGAACCCUCACCCCUUCAUCUGCUCCGUGGAGGACCCGACCAAGCAAACCAAGUUCAAAGGCAUCAAGAGCUACAUCUCCUACAAGCUGACCCCCAGCAACAUCAACUCGCCCGUCUACCGGCGCUACAAGCACUUUGACUGGCUCUACAACCGCCUCCUGCACAAGUUCACGGUCAUCUCGGUGCCCCACUUGCCCGAGAAGCAGGCCACCGGGCGCUUCGAGGAGGACUUCAUUGAGAAGCGCAAGCGGCGGCUGAUCCUCUGGAUGGAGCAUAUGACCAGCCACCCCGUCCUCUCCCAGUACGAGGGCUUCCAGCACUUCCUCUGCUGCCGCGAUGAGAAGCAGUGGAAGCUGGGCAAACGCCGGGCGGAGAAGGAUGAGAUGGUGGGUGCCAGCUUCCUCCUCACCAUCCAGAUCCCUACAGAGCACCAGGACCUGCAGGACGUGGAGGACCGCGUGGACACCUUCAAGGCCUUCAGCAAGAAAAUGGACGACAGCGUCCUGCAGUUGACCAACGUCGCCUCAGAGCUGGUGCGCAAGCACGUGGGGGGCUUCCGGAAGGAGUUCCAGAAGCUGGGCAAUGCCUUCCAAGCCAUCAGCCACUCCUUCCACAUGGACCCUCCCUACAGCUCGGAUGCCCUCAACAACGCCAUCUCCCACACGGGCAAGACGUACGAGACCGUGGGGGAGAUGUUUGCCGAGCAGCCCAAGAAUGACCUGUUCCUCAUGCUGGACACUCUCUCUUUGUACCAAGGGCUUCUCUCCAACUUCCCAGACAUCAUCCACCUCCAGAAAG